CCAGUGCGUGUUUGAAUAUUAUCAGGGGGGUGAAUGCCUCCCAAGCGCGCACUGGUUAGGACCAUGGCGUCAGCAUUUUGAUGACGAAUUACGGUUACGCCAAAAUUAUUGGGAAAUCAUAUGAAAAACCAAGAAGUCGGCCUUCUGUAUGACUUAUUCUGUGCCGUGAUCUUCGAAAUUACAAGGUCUCAACCAACCGAGCUAUACACGGUCACGACGGAUUGAAUGUCAUGAACAUUAUAUUCAGCAUCGACCAAUAGUAGUUCUGUAUGUGUUAUAUUAUGUUGUGUUAUUGUUCACUCGGUAAUAUGAUAAGGAGAAAAUGUUCUCGAGUGAGAUAUAUCAUAAUUUCCAGACAGCGCGCAGGCAGAAAACUCUGUCUGCCGCGGCUGGGUUUCGAACCCGCGACCCUCUCUCCUCCGCAGAGGCUUUGAGUUGCUUAGAAUUGGAAUGCCCUAAUGAAUUGGAAUGCGCUAUUAACUAUGAAUGCGCUAGACGGUAAAGUAUAUUUUGGCUGGUCAUGGAUAUUCGCUUGACGAACGUAUAGGGCGCAAAUGAAAGCUAGGCUGAUGUACAAAACGGUCAAUCAAUUAGCCCUUCAAGGACUGUGUGACACUUUUGAAAAUUAAGACACAAUAAAUGAUUACAAUUUAAGGGGUGCUUCGACCACUUUUUUGUUGCCAGGUUUAUAUAUAGGAGAGUUUCAGUUAUAAUGGGGUUUAAAUGAAAAGUUUGGUAUCUUAUUAUUCGUUUUGUAAAAAGCUUUCAUCCUCGCGAUCGACCUUUAAUUUGUUUUAGAAUUUAGUUGCCUUAGUUGAAUAUAUUGUUUAGUUAAUAUACAGGAUGUCCCAAAAACCCCGAAAACUAUUGAAAUCACCAAUAACAAUUUAAUUGUUAGAGUUUGAAUGCCUUGGCACUCUGUUGGUUCCCACGAGUGCAUAAAUGAUUGACAUAACUAAAUUUUAUGCAUAAAGAAACUAUUUAAGAAGCUGUUUUAAAUUCCCAAGAGCAGAAAACCGCGCACUUUACAAGGAGAUGUUCUUAACUAAAUUUUAAUAAAUGCACCUUGUCAAUAUUUUACGCAUCAUUACGUUCAGCUUUUUGGUAGGGCAUUCAAUUUUUAACAAUAUUUCAAUAGUUUUCGGGUUUUUUUGGGACACCCUGUAUAAUUCAAAUACUCAUUGAUAAUUCAUACGUUUAUUGGCAAAUCGUGUAAACCAUACAGGUAUAAAAAUACCUGAUGAAACUCGUCUCCAUUAUUCCUUAAUCUUUAUGUAAAAGUCUAUCCUAAUUAGUAUUUUUUUAUAUAAAGAAUACUAAUGAGAUGGCAUCUAUUGUAGUCUUGUUUGAAGCUAUUCAAAACAUUAGCUUGUGGUCGUGUUUUAAAUAGCACCUAAAAUGCUCGUGCUGCGCAUUCGCAUUUCGCAACUCCUAUGUUUUAAAUAAUACGUUAUUAUACAUGUUGGAAAUAUUAUAGUAAUAUUUAAAUAAGUUUUAGUAUAUAAAUUUGUAUUUUGUCGCUAAUAUUAGCACUCCUCGUUUGGAAUCAGCUGUAUGUUGAAAAGAUUAUAUAGUGUGUUUAAAUAAAGUUAAUCGUCAAGAACAAAAUGAUGAAUAUAUAUUUCAUCACAGUAAGAUAAUACACAUUUAACCAUAUAAUACGAGAUAACAACAAACAAAUCCUACCGCAACCUACUUGUACAGUAAGCAGAGUAACAGAAUUUAGGUGGCUUUAACUGAUACAGAAAAAAACUUCCACAGUUUAUCACUUUGAUGUUAUAUUGAGAUUGGCACUCGUCGACAUGACGAGGAUUCCACCUCCACCACGACGCACACGCAAUCCUGUCCACCUCUACACCAAUUGUGGUUGGAUGUGUUCCAUUCAUCCAUAUUGGGGCACGAGUUCCACAAUGACUCACCCCUGAGCUAAACUCGGGUAUGUUAUUUCCAGCCACACUUUUAAACCUGUACCAUGACCCAUUCUGGAUAAAAUAAUAAUCGCACAAAUAAUAAGUAGCAUUAUACGUUGUACUGCGUCGGAUAUCACUGAUCGUGGUAUAAUUUAUAUUGCUACACUGUGCAUCGAGAGCAGUUAUGCAGUGUAGAACAAGAAAGCAAAGGAGCACAGCUGUUGACGCCAUGAUUUCGGAACGCAAGCUAAGAAUUGUUUUGAUCAUGCAGUGUUUGAUUACGACCAUGGAUGCAUUAAUUAAGUCAUUGUAUAAUUCUGGUGUUUAUAAUUCUUUUUUGGAUUUUCUUCAUUUUCCUAGAACAUGGAUUUUCCAAUAAUAAAGUCCUCUAUUACCCAUGUUGAAGUGAUAGAAUUUAUGAAGCUACCUUAAGGCUGUUUUCUAGUUGAGCAAUUUCCAUACCUGUGUGUACGCACGGAAAAGUUUGAUUUUUUAAAAAUUUAAUUUCAUACGGUUUGACGUUUAAUUAUCAAAUCGGCAUGGGGUCAAGUUAAAACAUGUCACAGUGUUGCUGCUUAAUAAAACUAAUCUGGCUCAGAAAGGCCUAUAUGUUAUGCUACAGUAUUUUUCAAUUUCAAGAUUAAAUUCCCAGUAUUGGCUACAUACAAUGUAUCUUCCUAGUAACUAUAGUGCUCACAGCCCCAAAUACUAUACAAACCACGUUAUUGGCCUUCGUAAAGCCUCUUCGUGGGCCUAUUAGCGGAAAGGAUACAAAUGUAAGGCUUCAAUGAAACAUUCUUUAACGGCUGUAAAUAUGCAAGGAAAUUAAUGCGAAUAUCUAGACUAUACGGUUUAAAUCAACUCAUUGAAGAACCAAUACCUGUGAGCGAACACGCAUGCAAGUACUGCUAUUGAUCUCAUUUUCGUGAACAAUCCUCAUCGUUUUGUUUCACAUAACGUGCAAAACUUUGAGCAAGCGAUCACUCAGUUAUCUUCGCCAUUAAGAAAGCGGGAAUUUGUAAAGCUCCAGCCGAAAUCCGUGAAGUUAGAUCCUUUAAACGGUACAAUAGAGAACACUUUUGUAAAGAUAUUGCUGGUAUUCCCUGGAGUGUUAUAGAGUCCUUUGACGAUAUUGAUGCAGUUUCAGCAUGGAAUAGCUUAUUCAUUGAUAUAGCUAAUCAACAUGCACCCUUGAAAAGAAUACGAACAACAGGUGAGUUAAUGCCCUGGAUUACCAACGAUAUUAAAGAACUAAUGACUGAAAGAGACCAUGUAUUAAAGAUUGCGAAAAAGUCUGGACAAAACUGGGACAAUUAUCGGAGCUUAAAAAACCUCACAAGCAGAAAGAUAAAGGCGGUAGAG